GCGCGCCCGGCCCACUCAGCCGGCCGGGAGGAAGAGGAAGGGGCGGAGCUGCGCGGCGGCUCGCUGCCCAGCUGUCAGCCGACCGCGCGGGCCGGGCGGCCUCCCUGGCAGCGGCCGCCAGCGGGCUGGGACGCGCCGAGCCGCCGGCUGCGGGAAGCCGGGGCCAUGCCCCGCCGCCGAGGAUCUCGCGCCACCGGCGCCGCCGCGGCCCCCGGCCCGGGACUGCCGGCGCUCAGCCUGCUCCUGGCGCUCGCCCUGGCGCCCUGGCUGCUGCCCUGGCGCCCGGCCGCCGCCCGCCCGCUGCCCGUGCUGGAGCGCGACGCCUUCAGCCGCAUCGUGCCCCGGCUCCGGCACGUCCUGGGCUGGCGGAACCUCACCUGCCCGGCCUGCAAGGGGCUCUUCGCCGCCCUCGACUUCGGGCUGAAGAAGGAGCCCAGUGUGGCAUGGGUGGGCUCCAUGGCCGUCAAGAUGUGCACCAAGAUGAAGAUCGCGCCACCAGCCGUAUGUGAGUCAGCCGUCCAGCUCUUCGAGGAUGAUGUGGUGGAGGUGUGGACCCGCUCAGUGCUCAGCCCGUCCGAGGCCUGCGGCCUGCUCCUGGGCAACUCCUGUGGGCACUGGGACAUCUUCUCCUCGUGGAACAUCUCUCUGCCCUCCGUGCCAAAGCCAGCCCCGCAGCCACCCCGGCCUCCAGCCCCGGGGGCCCCCGUCAGCCGCGUCCUCUUCCUCACCGACCUGCACUGGGAUCACGACUAUCGCGAGGGGGCCGAUCCCAACUGCGAGAACCCGCUGUGCUGUCGAGGGGACUCCGGCCCACCCCCCGCCUCCCGUCCCGGGGCUGGAUACUGGGGCGAGUACAGCAAGUGCGACCUGCCCCUGCGGACCCUGGAGAGCCUGCUGAGUGGGCUGGGCCCGGCUGGCCCGUUUGACAUGGUAUACUGGACCGGAGACAUCCCUGCCCACAACGUCUGGCACCAGUCUCGGCAGGACCAGCUGCGAGCCCUGACCACGGUCACGGCCCUGGUGAAGAAGUUCUUGGGGCCAGUGCCCGUGUACCCUGCCGUGGGCAACCAUGAGAGCACGCCCGUCAACGGCUUCCCUCCGCCCUUCAUCGAGGGCAACCAGUCCUCCCGCUGGCUCUAUGAGGCCAUGGCCGAGGCCUGGGAGCCCUGGCUGCCGCCCGAAGCCCUUCGGACCCUCAGAAUUGGAGGGUUCUAUGCCCUUUCCCCGCAACCUGGCCUCCGCCUCAUCUCUCUCAAUAUGAAUUUUUGUUCCCGGGAGAACUUCUGGCUCUUAAUCAACUCCACAGAUCCUGCUGGACAGCUCCAGUGGUUGGUGGGGGAGCUUCAGGCGGCGGAGGACCGAGGAGACAAAGUGCAUAUAAUUGGCCACAUCCCCCCGGGGCACUGCCUGAAGAGCUGGAGCUGGAACUAUUACCGCAUUGUUGCCAGGUACGAGAACACCCUGGCUGGGCAGUUCUUCGGCCACACGCAUGUAGACGAGUUUGAGGUCUUCUAUGAUGAGGAGACUCUGAGCAGGCCACUCUCUGUGGCCUUCCUGGCGCCCAGUGCCACCACCUACAUUGGCCUUAACCCUGGUUACCGGGUCUACCAAAUAGACGGCAACUACUCCGGGAGCUCCCAUGUGGUCCUGGACCAUGAGACCUACAUCCUGAACCUGACCCAGGCCAACCAGCCCGGGGCUACGCCGCACUGGCAGCUGCUCUACCGGGCUCGAGAGACCUACGGGCUUCCCAACGCGCUGCCUGCCGCCUGGCACGACCUGGUGUACCGCAUGCGGGGUGACCCGCAGCUCUUCCAAACCUUCUGGUUUCUCUACCACAAGGGCCACCCACCCUCGGAGCCCUGCGGCCCACCCUGCCGCCUCGCCACGCUGUGUGCCCAGCUCUCCGCCCGCUCGGACAGCCCGGCUCUGUGCCGCCACCUGGUGCCAGACCUGGCGAGCCUCUCCGAUGCCUGGAGCCUGCAGACACGGCCCCUGUACUGCUAGCAUCCACCGGGGGGCAGUGCUGGGCAAGGCCUGCCCGAGGCGAACAGGGAGAAUCCAGGGAAACCACUGUGAUGAGAGGAACAGGGAAGGGGACAGCCCCUUUCCUAGCGGCUCUGGCCCAACACGGGAGGGGGGGCUGCGGCACAGCCUCGGCCCAGCACCCAGUCGGCCAUGAGACCACUGCUCCCUCAGGGCCCUAGGGCAGUUGGCACUGCCCGGGACAGGCCACACGGGCACCACAGCCCUGCCUGUGCUGGCCAGCGAGGAGCCCUGCUCUGCUGCUGACUCCAGGCUACUGAAAUAAACACAGGAGAUCUGGACCCUUCA